AAUAAGAGGCAGAAGCGGAGUGGGGGUUUCAUAGUGUGAGUGUGUUGAGGGAGUGGUUGUAAUAGAGAAUACAGAUAGAGCAGAUUUUGAGUCGCCGCCGAGAAUACAAUAGCCGGAAAAUGCCUUGCCUCAACUUGUCGACGAACGUCAACCUUGAAGGCGUUGACACCUCUUCCAUUCUCUCUGAAGCCACCUCGGUUGUUGCCAAAAUCAUCGGCAAACCUGAAUCCUAUGUAAUGAUUGUGUUGAAGGGAUCUGUGCCUCUGUCUUUUGGUGGGACAGAGCAGCCAGCAGCCUAUGGUGAGCUGGUGUCCAUUGGGGGUCUGAAUGCUGAUGUUAACAAGAAGCUGAGUGCCGCUAUUGCUGAAAUACUCGAGAGCAAGCUGAAAGUUCCCAAGUCACGCUAUUUCCUGAAGUUCUACGAUGCCAAGGGCUCAUUCUUCGGAUGGAACGGAUCCACUUUCUAGAUGCCUGGAGUUCUCUAUAGCAGCAGGGGGGUGUGCAGUCUCGAACCUUUUAUGAGCUCUAUGUAUGCUAGGAACUGCAUUUGAUGUGAACAAGAUUAUAUCUAUGUGGUAGACCUUGAAUACUGAUGCACCUUUUAAAUAAGAUUUGAUGGUUUAUGUGCUGCAUCACAUUCUUCUGCCUUCUUCUUA